CACACACACAGCUCAUACACCCACACACACGCAAACCUUCCUCCAGCCCCACCGACUCCACCAUGGCAGCCUCCACCCUGUCCAUCUGCUCCAGCGACCUGAGCUAUGACUGUCCAGAGAGCUGCUGCGAGCCCCCCUGCUGUGCCCCCAGCUGCUGCGCCCCGGCCCCCCGCCUGACCCUCCUCUGUGCCCCAGUGAGCUGUGAGUCCAGCCCCUGCUGCCAGGCAGCCUGCAGCAGCUCCUGCCCAGACUCAUGCUGCCAGCAGUCUAGCUGCCAGCCUUCCUGCUGCACCUCCUCCCCCUGCCAGCAGGCCUGCUGUGAGCCCGUCUGCUGCAGGCCCGUCUGCUGUGAGCCUGUCUGCUGUGAGCCUGUCUGCUGCACACCUGUUUGCUGCAGGCCCGUGUGCUGUGAGGCCUCCCCCUGCUCAGCCCCCUCGUCCUGCUGCAGACCCUCCUCCUCCGUGUCCCUCCUCUGCCGCCCCGUGUGCCGCCCCACCUGCUGCGUGCCCAACUCUUCCUGCCAGCCCAGUUGCUGCCGCCCAGCCUCCUCUGUGUCCCUGCUCUGCAGGCCCGUAUGCUCCCGCCCUGCUUGCUGCAUCCCAACCUUGGCCCCAGAGCCCUGCUGCUGACCUGGCAUGUCACCCCAGAGCCAGCCGAGCUCAGGUUCCACCUGUGACUUGGUCCUCUGUCCUGACCUGCGCUGAGUGGUUGCCCUCACACAGGACAGGGUCCCCGAUGUCUCCACUGCCCUGACCACUGACCUCUCACUCUUGCCCCAGGAACCCCGACCUCACGGCUCCCUGGGGCUUCUGCCUCCCAAGAGUCGUCUCCAGCUGUCUCUGGGUCAGCUGCCCCCCUACCCAUCCAGAUCCUCUAUCUGGGUCACUAGGCCUCGACUUCCAACCUGUCAGCUCCCCCUCAGGCACCUGGAUAAAUAAACUCACAUCAUCACCUGA